AUGGCGUACACCCUUACAGUUCCGGACAACUACGGCUAUGUCGUCUUCGUCGCUCUAGGGGCGGUUCCGCUUCUGUCCUGGAUCCAAGGAAACGUAGUGACCAUACUACGCAAGCCAGCUGGAGUGCCCUAUCCGAACGCCUACGCCUCGCACGAAAAGGCCAAGGAGAGCCAAGCUGCGUACAAGUUCAACUGUGCCCAGAGAGCGCACGCCAAUCUUCUGGAGAACAUGCCGCAGACAAUCGCCUACAUGCUGUUUGCAGGCUUGGAGUAUCCCACGGCGACGCUUGCUCUGGGAGCUGGAUGGCUCUUCUUCCGAAUCGUGUACGCCCUCGGCUAUAUCAGAGGGCAGGCGAAGAAUGGAGGCGGCAGGCUUUUCGGAGGCCCAGUUUGGCUGAUGCAAGGCGGACUCUGGGCCUUGUCUCUGGCUACGGCGUGGAAGACGCUUUAA